AUGUUAGAAAAAAAGUUUGCUGACAUUGACAAAAAAUUUGAGAAUGUUUUAAACAAGAACAAGAGGAAGUUAGAAAAUGCUCAGAUAAAACCUAUACAUGACAAGUUCUUAUUUGCUCAGAAUGGUAUAACAGGUCUAAUUGCACCACCUGGGUCGGGUAAGACUUUCACUUAUCUUAAAAUGGCUGCACAACAACAAGAACUAGAUGAGAAGAACCCAUUCUAUGAGUUAGUUGUUAUUUGUAGUACUUCUGGUCAAUUUGACCAAACCGUCAAUUCGUUCAAAGAUAUUAUAAAGAAGUCUAAGUUAGUAUGUAUAAAGGAUACUGAGUUGUUAGAUUGGAUAAAGAAGUACCAAAGAAGAGUUUUGA